AUGGUGAAGGCUCUCAUAAGUUUUCUCCCCUGCUUUCCCGACGUCUUUUCCUUCCACAUCUCACGUUCACCGUCACUCUCAAUCCAUACCUCUUCAUCUCUAUCCCCCCUCAAACCACAUCUCAUCUUCCUCCCUCUAAUCACAAUGGGUUUCGAACAAGGCGAUCACAAGAAGGGUGCCAACCUCUUCAAGACCCGAUGCGCACAGUGCCACACCUUGAAGGAGGGCGAGGGUAACAAGAUUGGCCCCAUGCUCCAUGGUCUCUUCGGCCGCAAGACUGGCCAGGUCGACGGCUACUCGUACACCGACGCCAACAAGCAGAAGGGCAUCACAUGGGACGAGAACACUCUGUUCGAGUACCUCGAGAACCCCAAGAAGUACAUUCCCGGCACCAAGAUGGCCUUCGGUGGUCUCAAGAAGAACAAGGACCGCAACGACCUCAUCACCUUCCUCAAGGAGGAGACCAAAUAGAUGCCUAGUCUAGCUUUGGUCCUUCCCGCUUCUUCAUCUCCCAUUCGACUAUGACGCUUCUUUAAUCCUAUUUCCCCGAAGAUGCUGUGAUAGAAGUCUCUCAAAAAACGAUUUUGUACCAUCAGGCCGGCAUGAUAGACGUAUGACUAGGGGCGGUGGUAUGCGCUUUGGACGCUUGUUUCUCUUGUAACAUAUGUUUGGUGUACUAUUUAGACAGCGUCCUUUUGAUUGAUUGCAAUACCAACCAAUUCUCCUCUUCGACCUGCAUAUCGAGACGGCUCUUGCACAUGUCGAUGGUGAUGUUUUGUUUGUUGUUCCGAGUUGUUGUGCGCCCUGGGCUUUUUAGCUUUUUUUCGGGAAUGCGUCAUGAUCAGCGUCGAAGUUUAAAGCAGUUGACCUAUCAGAUGAAGGGACAUAGUAAGCAGUGCACAAGUAAGUGACCACGGGGAAAGAAAGAAAAAAUUGGAGAAGAUUUCUAGAAAGACUACAAAGGCACACCGCCUAAUGGCAUGAUCACGCGAUGCGUUGAGGCUACCAGGACUUUGAUGCAUCCGUUGGUCCCGAGCCACGAGGCCCCUGCAGCGGACGGCGGGAAGUUCUCUGCUGAGGUUUACCGAGGGCUACCAAAACCCGCGUUGGCACGUACAAGCAAAAAACACAACAAGAAAUAAAAUAUGGGUGUGGCUGCAAGUCUGGAGCCAGAUCUCCCCCCGUUCAAAGCUUCGCCCAAAUACAUACCCACCCCGUCAGCCUGUGCGAAACAGAGCAUGAUCAGCACAUGUGACACCAUGUGAAGAGGCACGCCGAUUUGCCUGACACACGGCGUCGCGUCAACCCC